AUGUCGACCUCUACUACCUCUUCCGCAAGACCUACUUCUCCUAGUUGCUCAUCGAACCCGACCCAGCCGAUCCAGAUUGGUUUCUCUUCCAGGUCGUCCACCAUGACCAGACCUCGCAACACAAGCGAUGCUUCCAUUCUCUCUGGCAGCCCAUCUCCCAACGGACCUGCUGCCUUCCCUUCUUGGAAACUGGCUCGCCCUCAGCUUGCCCAGGGCCCUGCCAGCUCUUACUUCACCGACGAGGAUUUGUUUGGUGACGACGACGUGGCCUAUCUCAACGAGGCUCCUGAGCCACCCAGAACCGCCGAACAAUGGAUGAUUUCCAGGGGCGGUAUGCCUAUGGCUGCAAAUGCCAGCAUGGUCACCCUCGACAGCAGCUGCGAGAGCUACAACAGCUUCGGAUUCAGCAACGGUUACACUCCUAGCAAGCCCAUCAUGAUGAAGAAGUAG